ACCAGAAGACCGAUUAUUUCAAAAGAAGUCUGGAAAGACCGUGUGUUUUUCUUUUGAAACUGAAGGCAUUUUGCAUGGAGCGAGUCAAGAUGAGUUGUAUGAUGUGGCAGUAUCUGAAAUUGUUGAUAAUGCUAUGGAGGGAGUGUCGGGCGUCGUUUCAUGCAUCGGCCCGGAAGCCUCUGGAAAGUCGCACUCACUUUUUGGACCAGACAGCUAUUUUCAUGUACUUCUAUACUACAACUAGAUAGUGAUACGAGUGUAAAUAGAAAGUGAAAGAAAUGACAAACAAGACGUGGUAUUACUUAAUCACUUAUCUUUCGACACAGUUUCGCGGAAUUGUGCCAAGAGCAAUUGAAGACAUAUUUUCACGAAUGGAUUCAAAGAAUAAGGGCGAUUUUCACAUAAUUCUCAGCAUGUUUCAAGUUCGGAAGGAUAAAAUGAAAGAUUUAAUAACACUGAACGCCAACGAGCUGACAAGAGUUGGGAACUUUGGACCAAAGGGGUUGUUUUUUGAAGAGGUUUUAUCUGUGGAUCAUGCACUUGGCUUAAUUUUUCGAGGGUUAGAAGGACAACGGCAAAUGCCAGGCGAUGCUCAUGCCAAGUAUCACACACUAAUUUACAUUGAUAUUCUCGCAAACCUUAAAGUUUGCGGAUAUAAGCAAGAAUCUUGGAGGUCAAGGAUCACUUUUGCUAAAAUCGCGUCAAUGUCAUCCAAGGACAAGAUGAAGAAGUUAUCUGCCGUAAAAACUUCAAAAAGCAGUUUCUCGCUGUGUCGGACUGGCUGUGCAGAUACCUCCAGUUUACGAAAAGACAAUUGUUACGCUACCGAUGGCAUUCCAAGGAAAUGCUGCGGUGGGCCCCAAGGACCAUUGGCGGAAAUGAUUAGCAUUCGCAAGGACAUGUACUUUUUAGAGCAAAUGUUUACAAAAUCUUAUGAUUUGCGUAAAAUUACCGAGUAUUACAACGAGCUUCAAAAGUUGGGAAUGUACAUGUUAAUGAGGCCUCCAAAUGUCAACCCCAGCCAGUACUUCCGUCAGAGCAAGUUGGCUCAUUGUCUUAAAGAUACCGUUUCCGGAAGUGCUAUGGUGAGACUAAUUCUUCAUAUUCGACCUGAACGUGCUUUCCUGAAUUCAACUCUGGAAAUUAUGCGAUUUGCUGAACGAGCACGAUGCGUUCCAUGUGAAAUAACAAGAAAAAGUGGUCCCAAGGAUUGUUCCUCAUUCGAACAGAAGACGUGUGAAGAGGCGGGAGUUGACACAAAUGACCUUUCGGGGGACAGAAGGGGGAUGUUCAACCCAGAUAAAAUGAGAGAAGUGUUUAAGACGGCUGCGUCAGUUUUCGAGGAAAAAUUGGACAGCUUGGAUGGAUCCUGCAAGGAUCAAGUAAAGUCCAUGUUUGAUGGUUUCCAAGAAGUUUGGGGCCAAAUCCUGGACAAAGAACUUGCACAAGAAAAUGAACGAGAUAAAGUUGAAACUGUGGACAAUGAUGACGGCAAGGUCAACGAAGAACAACCCGAUAUGUCUGAGACCCAGUCAAAUAGAAGUUUAUCCCAAACAGAAUCCAAGAAAAACUUGAAACUAAAUUCGAGUACUAAAAAGUUAAAACCCGACAAGGAAGAGGCGUCAAAACUGUCAGCAGAUAAGGCUGAUGAGAAGAAAAAUAAGAAACGGGCACCCAGGCAGAGCGUUGUGAAUGCUCGAACUGGCCGCACAAAAGGACGCCAAGAUGCCAAAGAUGUCGAUGAGUCAGGAGACAUGAACAAAAAGCGAGAUCGCCUUGUAAAUAAGAAGAGCGCUUCUCAACAGCAAAGUGCGGAUGAGGAUGAUGAGGAAGAAGAUGAAGGCGACGAUACAAUAGCAACAGUGGCCGAUGAUGGACCAAUACAAGAUUUAAGCAUCUCAGUGAUCCCCGUUGGCACAGCCGACCCCAUCGAUGGUACCAGCCUCAUUGCAAAUCUGCAUUUUAAGUGUAAAUGUUGGGAGGCAUUUGCCAGGACGGAAACCGGAAACCCUCUCGUUACUGAACUUGGAGAGAAGCAAAAUCUUCUUAAGCAGUACAUGACAGAGCACAACGAAACUUUGAAGGAAGUUGUCAAUGCAUUGUCAAGAUUGGUGGCUAUCGAGUUGAAUCUCGAUCAACUGGAACCAAAUCGUCGGUUCAGCGAUGAGGCUGACGAGCUAAAUCUCUUGACGACAAAGGAGCAGAGGAAAGAGACUGCCGCCGCCGCCCAACGAGAAUUUGCAAAAUUGCAAAGCAACCAAGCUAAUAUUCGCUCCCUCGUGUCAAUUCUGGACGCCAGUAAAAAUGAAUGUGGAAAAGCAUUUGACGCUUUUUGCAUGGACAGUCAUGGUAAACCUGAUUUUGCAAAUCGUCCAAUUGACGGCGAGUUGGAAAAGCGAUAUGAUGACAUUUGCCGCAUUGCAAAGCAAGAGGCUCAAGCAUUAAUUAGAAAAGCUUAUCCAAUGCGUCCCCCGUGGACUACAUUUUACUAAAACGAAUUUUAUGGGAAAGCACAAUUUGUGUGUAUUUUGUACCAAAAAUGUACUGCACAAAAAAUACAUAUACAAACCCUAUACGCUAAGGAUGAAUCUUCAUUAUGCUGAAAUUAUUCUAUAUAUCGCCGGUUCUUGUCUCUUGCCUUGUCAUUAAUUUAGGUUACUUUUCACCUUGAAUUAUGACAACUAAAUUGAUUUAUUUAUACCAACUAAUUGCAUGCAAAGUAAAUAAAGAUAUGAAAUCAUGCAUA